AUGUGCUCGAAUCUUAACUAUCCAAAUCAAAACGGGGUGUAUGGCUCUCCGAAUCAAGGGUGCCAGCUCUAUAACUACCCACAAGGCUCGAAUUUGGGUUUUGCCCCCCAGUCGUCACCACCUGCGCCGCCUGGACUAGAUGCUAUUGAUCAAUAUCUGCGGAGUGUUCUCCGCCCGGAGGCUUUUCUACCAACUAUUCAGUCACAAGGACCGACAAAUUCUUCUUUCUGGAACUCCAAUAUCGAUCCCAGUCUCCCUCAAAUGAACUCCGCGCCACCCAUUACCUACCCUUGGGCAUCGGGGGAGAUCUUACCCCCUCAUAUUCAACCAUCGCAUCGCCAAGCAAGCCAGGAGCGCAACGCAUGA